UUUUUUUUAAUUUUCGAAAAUAUAUUCUUUGUCAAAUUUAAGCACCAAAAUUUUAUAUUUAUUUUUUGGCGUGUUUUUUAAAAAAAAGAAGCUAUUUUAGCAUGUCUUCUCGGCGUGCACCAUCCAAUAGAAAUGUUCUCAGAGCUUCACCGUCUGCGGGACCUGCCCAAAGUGCACCUGCGGUUGCGGCUCAAAACGCGCCAACAGUUGCUGUACCAGCCCAAAUGGCUUCCGUACCCGAUGAAUCUGUUCGAAAUGAUCCAGCAACUACGGCUCAAAAUAUGGCAGCUCAAAUUAUAUCAGCAUCAGCAACACCAGCAACCACGACAACCACUGGUAAUUCCCCAGCACCAGUAGUACCGUCUCAAACACCCCCAACAGCUAACGAACCAUUACCAGCAUCAGCACCUAAACCACCUUCAACUCCUUCUGACCCGGUUCCACCUGCGUUGCCUCCACCACCAAUUUUGAAUGAUACGGUAAAUGAGCUAGUAAUCGUAUCUGAUCGGGAUACUUAUGACCAACUUCUAACCGAUGCCGGACGUAAACAUUUAUUGCUAGAAUUUUUUGCGCCUUGGUGUGGAGCUUGUAUGCUAAUAAAUAGGAAACUUGAAGAAUUACUCACUACGUAUAAAGGCAAGUUGAUCAUUGCAAAAGUAAAUAUUGACGAUUGUGAACAAAUAGCCAUUGAUAACGAAGUUACUAUGAUGCCUUCGUUUGUAUUGAUAAAGGAGAAUCAAGUAUUGGAAAGAUUUGCUGGCAGCAAUGAGGACAAGUUAGUUAGCAUUCUCAAAAAGUAUGUGGGAGAGCCUAUGAAUAGCGGAGAAGAGGCAAAUGGGCCUCAACAAUAGUAAAGAAGAAGCUCGACAAACUGACGCGAACGUUAACGGCUCUACAAACAACAAAAGCAUCGCUAACAUAGCUAACAUUUGCAAUAUAGAAAAAUGUUUUGGAAGAAUAAAUUAAAUAUAUGUAUGUAUGUAAAUACAUACAUAUAUUGUUAAUCAGCAUAA